AUGCAUCUUCCAGCUACGUUCUCGCUGGUCUGCAGCCACGACUGCUGGUCUGAGUCCCUCCAUCUGCAUUUUCCUUGGAGGGCCAUGGAGAAGGGUUCCAUGUCGAAGCUCCUGUGGGAGUCCGAUGUUUUGAUGUGGGAGCGCCCGGCUGUCACAGGUGCGGUGUUCAGCAUGUUCAACAUUUUCUUCCUGGCAGUGUUCUACUGGGACUUGUCGCUGGUUCCAGCACUGUGCCACAUCUUUACCGUGGUGCUACUGGCUGGUGGUGCAAUCAGGUAUGCAGUACCGCAGACAGCUGACCGGAACGUGGACCUGCUCUCCCAGGAUGCCAUCAAGAGCGCAGUGGAGACCAUUUCGAAGUUCCUGAACGUAAUCUCAGAAAAGGUGCGUGACGUUGUCCUGUGGACUAGCUCGGAGAUGACCAUUACAGCCGUGUUCGUCCUGCAGCUCGUGAGACUCGUCUCGCCCUAUUUUGGUGCCUUUUUCUUCGUCUGGAUGAUAGGAAAUGUGCUGUUCGUGGCGCCUUACGUGUGGAAGGCCAAGAAUGCAGAGCUGCAUCAGUAUGUCGGGCCCUACAUCAAGCAGGCUGUUGCCAUAAAGGAUGACCUUUUGGCAAAGGUGCCAAAAUACACGGAUGUUGUCAAGGAAGAGUGCUCCUGGCAUUUAGGAUACCGGCGUUUACUGCGGAUGUCAGACUUUGCCCGAAUUUGCCUUGUCCUGCUUUGCUUUGUGGGCCUGUGUUGGUCUUGGUGCGCUCUGUGCUGCCAGGUAAAGAGUCGGGCAGCGCUGCCUGCAACUUUGUGCGGCUGGUUGGGGGCAAUCAAGAGAGUGCACCGCAUCACAGAAGGACCUUCCGCAGAGUAG